UCCCUCACCAAUAAACUCACGGCCAAUGAGACGUCAGUUUGCUGACGUGCGGUUACCAGGGAGGGAAAAGUUCCGCUGCUGUUCGCGGGUUGACAGAGUAGAGACAGCCAUCAACAUGGACGUGGAGAUGGCGGAGCCUGAGCGUGUGCAGAAACCGACAGAAAGCGGGCCAAAGACGGGCACGGAGGCUGGGGAGAGUUCGUCUAAAAGCUCUGGCGGCGCCUACGAGCUGCCCUGGGUGGAGAAAUACCGUCCACUGAAGCUGAACGAGAUCGUAGGGAACGAGGAGACAGUGAGCCGGCUGGAGGUGUUCGCAAGAGAGGGAAACGUCCCCAACAUCAUCAUCGCAGGUCCUCCCGGCACAGGAAAGACCACCAGCAUCUUGUGUUUGGCCCGAGCGCUGCUGGGAGCCUCCAUGAAGGAUGCCGUGCUGGAGCUCAACGCUUCAAAUGACAGAGGAAUUGACGUGGUGAGGAACAAGAUCAAGAUGUUUGCGCAGCAGAAAGUCACACUGCCCAAAGGACGACACAAGAUCAUCAUCUUGGAUGAAGCCGACAGCAUGACGGAUGGAGCUCAGCAGGCUUUGAGGAGGAUCAUGGAGAUCUACUCGAAGACGACGCGCUUCGCUCUCGCCUGUAACGCCUCAGAUAAGAUCAUCGAGCCAAUCCAGUCCCGCUGCGCCGUGCUGCGUUACUCCAAGUUGACGGACGGACAGAUCCUCGCCCGGCUGCAGGAGGUGGUGGAGAAGGAGCGUCUGUCUGUGUCUGACGACGGGCUGGAGGCAGUCAUCUUCACCGCACAGGGAGACAUGAGACAGGCGUUGAACAACCUGCAGUCGACCAACUCUGGCUUCGGCUACAUCAACAGCGAGAAUGUGUUCAAGGUGUGCGACGAGCCUCACCCUCUGAUGGUGAAAAGCAUGCUGGGACACUGUGUGGACGGGAAAAUCGACCAGGCCUACAAGGUGGUGGAGCAGCUGUGGGCGCUGGGCUACUCUCCAGAGGACAUUAUCGGAAACAUCUUCAGGGUCUGCAAGACCUACCAGAUGGCCGAGUACCUCAAACUGGAGUUCAUCAAGGAGAUCGGUUACACUCACAUGCGGGUGGCUGAAGGCGUGAACUCCCUGCUGCAGAUGGCCGGUCUGCUGGGUCGACUCUGCAGCAAGACAACCCCCCCUGCUGCCAGCUGAACCCACUAACCACCCACUCACUCCCCACCACCAUCUUCAACCUGCUGCUGACUCUGUGUUGGACUUUAUUCUGGGUUUUCUGUUGUCUGAAGAAUCAAGCGUUGUUUUUUUAAUUCUGCCGGUGCUGUAUGUUAAAGUUAACACAGCUCGUCACACCGGAUGAUGAUGUCUUUGAUCAGACCAUCAGUUUAUCUGUUGCACUUGUUUCAGUCUGACAUCACAGCUGACAUUUUGUCAUUGUGGAAGCAAAAUAAUGUAAAAAUAAAACCUAUAUCAUCUGAAAUAAAUCCUCUUUUCAUAGA